CCGCGCCGGAAGUGCCCCAACCGCGGGAGGAAGCUCAGCGGUCGCCGAGCUGCCGAGCCGGCGGGAAGGCCCUGCGCUCUUCCGCCGGACACGGGCUACCGGGAGCAGGCGGCAGCGGCCCCGAGGCUGCGGGACACGGCGCGGCCAGUCCCCGGGGCUGGGGAGGAGGCCGCGCCGAAGCUAGACGGCGAGAUCGGUAGCCCCGAGGCCCGGGCCGCGGCAGAGCCUCCACAUGGCCUCCGGAGGGGGUGCGGCCUUCGAGGAGCUGCCGCACGACGGCACGUGUGAUGAGUGCGAGCCCGACGAGGCUCCGGGGGCCGAGGAAGUGUGCCGAGAAUGCGGCUUCUGCUACUGCCGCCACCACGCGGAGGCGCACGGGCAGAAGUUCCCCAGACACCACCUGGCCGAGUACGUUCACUGCGCCGCCCAGGCCUGGACCCCGGGAGCCCGCGGGGAUGGGGCCGGGGAGGAGGCAGUCGCGGCCCCGGUGGAGAAUGAGAAGGCCCUAGAAAGCGAGGCCGAGGAAGGGAGCGAGGCCGAGGAAGACAGUGAGCCCGAAGAAGCGAGCGAGACAGAGGAAGAGAGCGAGGACGAGAGCGAGGAAGACAGUGAGGAAGAAAUGGAGGACGAGCAAGAGAGCGAAGCCGAGGAGGACAACCAGGAAGAAGGAGAAUCCGAGGCCGAGGGAGAAACGGAGGCGGAAAGCGAAUUUGACCCCGAAAUAGAAAUGGAAGCAGAGAGAGUGGCCAAGAGGAAGUGUCCGGACCAUGGGCUCGAUUUGAGUACCUAUUGCCAGGAAGACAAGCAGCUCAUCUGUGUGCUCUGCCCAGUCAUUGGGGCUCACCAUGGCCACCAUCUCUCCACCCUCGAUGAAGCCUUCGAGGAACUAAGAAGCAAAGACUCAGGCGGACUGAAGGCGGCUAUGAUAGAGUUGGUGGAAAGGUUAAAGUUUAAGAGCUCAGACCCUAAAAUAACCCGGGACCAGAUGAAGGUGUUUAUACAGCAAGAAUUUAAGAAAGUUCAAAAAGUGAUUGCGGAUGAGGAGCAGAAGGCCCUUCAUUUAGUGGACAUCCAGGAAGCAAUGGCCACAGCUCAUGUGACUGAGAUACUGGCUGACAUCCAGUCCCAUAUGGAUAGAUUGAUGACUCAGAUGGCCCAAGCCAAGGAACAACUUGAUACCUCUAAUGAAUCAGCUGAGCCAAAGGCAGAGGGCGACGAGGAAGGACCCGGUGGCGCCGAUGAAGAAGAGGACACAUGAAGGCCCGCCCUCCCCGGUGGACACCCCCCUCCCCUUGUGUGUGUGUGUGACAGCGUGUGUGCAACGGCUUCUGACCCCUGUGAAGGCUGCCUGUGCAAGCAACGUGCUCCCGCCAGAUGUGUCUCCCAGACCCACAGCAGGCACAGAGCUCUCCGAGGAACGGCCAGUUUUACUGUUACUGACCGUGCUGCUCAUUCUCUCGUCGCGGUCGGAAAAGGACAAGUGCCCCUUUGCUCAACCAGGAGCAAUUCCAGGGUCCUUCAGGUCAUUCCCUCAACAGCUGCUUUGAACUUCCUCAGGAAAGCCAGCCCCUGUAAUGGUGUAUGCCCAAACAGUAUCACUUCAUUAAGAAGGAUCUGAAAUCAUCUUGAAGGGCAGUCAGGAUGUUUCCCUCCCUGCUUAUAACCCCCCACUUUAUUCAUAUCGAAGCAUGGAAUAAAUGAGGGGGAAAGUAGGGCUGAAUCAACCCAUGUGAUUAGUCUCUACAAGUCCAAUUAUACAUCUGUGAAAAUGUGGUUUCAUGAAAUAAGAUGGAUGGCUUGAAAAUCGACAGAGUUAAAAGUUAAAAAUAUAUAAAGAUAUUUUUAGUACGUGAGGUUAUCCUGGACUUCAGAUUCAUAAUUCAAUCCUGUGGAAAUGAAAAAAAAAAAAAAGAUUGAAGAGGUAGAAAAGAAAUGACUUAAAAAAAAAAAGAGGGGGACCAAAAAGAUCUGAUUAAAAGUUGAAAUCGAAGUUAAUAUUUCUGAACUUAAAUUGCCUAGGUUUCCAAAAUAGUCACUAAAGGAUCUGAUGGAACCUAAAUUAUUUGAGUGGAUUCUGAGGUUUCAUGGGUCUCGUCACAUCGUGAAAGUCUGGAAUGUGCGCCACAAAUGGGAAUUUGCACUGUAGGUUUUGCUCCCCUUCCCCUAGCUUAGCCUGAUUUGGCUUCAGUGCAGUGUGGGGAGGAUACUUGGCCCUCUGUGGUGUGUGAAUUGAGUUCCACCCCCUGGCAGACAGACCUUCCUUUCACUCUAGGGAAGGACCCCUCCGACCCCGGCACUCACCACCUCCAGGUCAUCUCCCACCCCCUGCCUCUCCCCUCUUACAUGCCGUGAGUGGAGACUCACUGUGGUUGGACUCUGGCCUCUCCCCACUCCCAAAUCACAUUUCCUUACAGCCAAGCUUUUUACUCCCAAGUAAGCAGUGAUGUCCUAGGGAACACAAAGCUGUAAACUGAAAAGCAUGCAUCUUCUGCAGCAGCAGUUUUGACUUAGCACAUGUUUUGCAGUCAGGGAAUGAUGUUAUUUUCAGAUAAAACAAACACAGUUACAUUAUGAAAUAGAAUGUUCAUAUAUAUAAACUGUAAAGAUAAAACGGGAGACUUCACAGAGGACUUUUAUUUGCAAGCGGGCUGUGUGUUCCCCCUCCUCUGCCGUUAGUGGUAUGUGGGUGUUCACUUCUGAGAAGUACAAUUGGACCUGCAAACAUCCAAGAGCCUUGGGGUUUCUGCUGACUCAGGACCCAGACUUCUAGUGCUUCUGAGGCAGAACCAAAGGAACCUGCAUCGGGGGGAUCUUCCUCUUUUCCUGCCUGCCUGCCUGUGACCUGUAUACCUGUCAACAGAGCUUUAGGGCCCACUGAUGUGUGUGUGCAGGAUGGUUUUGAGGUAGAAACAAUGCUUACUGCCGGAAUCCUGUUUAUAUCACUGUUCAAUCCUGUGCAUGCUGUGAAAUGACUAUUUCUUUGACGCCGGAAGCUACCAGGCAUAUACGCUUCUCGGUUAAGAGUACCCCAGCUCACUAAAUCAUGAGGGACACUGAAGGCUGAGAGUAGUUUGGGCUGUUUUUUUUUUUAAAAAAAACCAAACUAUUUUUUCUCUUAAACUGGUGGCCAACAAAUGGCUGAGACAUUUUCGGUGCUUUACCUUUCUACACAAAAAACUGGAGAUUUUGGCAUACCACUAAUUACAUCCCCCAACCACAUCCAGUGCAACUACCUUGAAAAGAAGACCAGUGGCCAUUCUCAAAAAGAGUUUAAAAAAUCAGAAGAUUAAGAAGACUCUAGGAUGUGGAAGCUUGUGUUGUCUUUCCCCAGUAAUCAUUGUUUAAUCUCCAAGUGGUAGCCUUAUCUUAGCAAUGGACAGCUUAUUGGCUCCUCCAUAACUGAUCAUAGGUUAUUACUUUAAAUCAGUAUUCGGGAAACCCAGGCAUUUAUGCAAGGGAUAUGAAUGGAAAUAUAAAAAUACAUACCAGCCUGUCUCAAUAAAUUAUCAUAUCUCUAUAAUCCUCGAGGAAAGCACUUUGGCUUUUACCUAGAAAGGAUUUCAGAUCUGCUUUAUGGGCUCCCGCUGUCUUCAGUACCUGAUAAAACUUUAACCAGGGAAGCAUUAAACACAGCACAGCAGCCUCUGCCCAGGCUCCUGAGUUCCUGCCGGCAGCAUCUAUCAACACAAGAGCUAGAAUGCUUCCUGCAGCGGCACCAGCUUCCCCAAAGCUGGGGCAGGCUGCUUGGCCUUAAGCCCCAGCACGAGGCGGCCUCCCUCCUACCAGGUCAGUAUAGUUGCUCCAAAUUGUGUCCUGCCUGGCUGCAGGGUUUGCAGACAUCCUUAGGGAGACAUCAGCAAGGGAGACGGGUAAUGACUGUCUUCAGAAUGAAUUGGGUCCUCACAGCAAUCCCUGGAUGCCUUCCAAAGGUUGAGUAUCCGAGGCUAAGAGGAGAUUUGAACUUUGAUUUGGUGUCAUUAAAUCCAGGGCAAUUCCAAGAAGUGCCUGGAGUCUCUGCUCUGACGGCCCCAAAGGGAAAUGAUUUGAAAUACUGAGGACCCUGCACCAAGGCCCCAUUUCCCAGAUGAUAAUACAGAUUUGUAGGUAAGAGUUAACUUGUCUUGAAUUACACAACUAGGAAGUAUGGGAGCCAGAUUUUUGUACCCGGCUCUUCCUAACUCUGCUGCUGCUAAGUCGCUUCAGCCGUGUCCGACUCUGUGCGACCCCAUAGACGGCAGCCCACCAGGCUCCUCUGCCCCUGGGAUUCUCCAGGCAAGAAUACCAGAGUGGGUUGCCAUUUCCUUCUCCAAUGCAUGCAUGCCUGCUAAGUUGCUUCAGUCAUGUCUGAUUCUGUGCGACCCUAUGGACAGCAGCCCUCCAGGCUCCUCUGUCCACAGGAUUCUCCAGGCAAGAAUACUGGAGUGGGUUGCCAUUUCCUUCUCCCUUCCUAACUCUUAUGUAUCCCUAAAACACAGAAAAGGCUGUGGGUUCCCCUGCUACAGUCUGGCCAUUCCACUCUAAGGAUUCUUUUUCACAGUGACAUUUCGUGACAGUAGUUUGGGCCCAGAAAUGGCAUCAGGGUAGCCUUAUUCUUCCAGUUUAGCAGAUACAUUAAGUGCAUGUUGCUAAUUUGAGCCUGCACCCAGGAAUGGAGGAGGCCUUUCCUUUUUGAUGCCAUCCCUCAUAAAGAAGGGGGAGUUGAAGCCAUCUAGGCCAGUUACUGGGCUUUCCCAAUGGCUCAACUGGUAAAGCACCUGCCUGCCAGUGCAGUAGAUACCAGAGACGCAGCUUCGAUCCCUGGGUGGAGAAGAUCUGGAGAAGGAAAUGGCAACCCACUCUAGUAUUCUUGCCUGGAGGAUCCCAUGGGCAGAGGAGUCUGGCGGGCUACAGUCCAGGCUCAAAGAGUCAGACACUCUGAGCAUGCACGCAGCCCAUAAGGAAAGCGUUUCUAGGCCUUUAGGAGUGUGGGACUUCUCAGAAGUAGUGAGUGAGCAGUGUUCUGCUCUCUAUUUGAAAAUGCCUGCUGCUGCAAAGGAAAUCUUCAUAUUCUAGUAAACCUAGCUAGUCUGUGCCCUGUGAGGAUGUGACCAUUCAAAGUCCAGUGAAUAUAGACGUUCCUGCAAAUUCCUGGUGUGUAUAUGUACACAUACACACACACUCAGUUUAACAAGUAAGGGAACUGCAGAGCAGUCCCCUCCUUAUCUUACAUACCACGGCAGAGGUUUCUGCCAGCUCUGAUCACAAGUGUCACCAGGUAAUCAGAGCUUUGGUGCUUGCUCAAGAGAUUCUUAUAGGAAGAGCAGUGCCUUGGCAAAGGUCAGCUCCUGAAGCUGAGCCAAGGUGACUCCUGAAGGAAUUUACACUCCAGCCCUGCUCCAGGAUGUCUGAUGAUACGGGAAAUUUGGAUACCCAGCCAUUUCGGUGACCUGAGCAUCUGACCACUCCAGUCAGGCCUGAGGGCAUGGCUGAAGAAUUCAUAACUGCUAAGAGUGGUAGGGCUUAGGAAGCUCUUUCCUCCACUUAGACAAUAUUCUCUUGCCCAUACCUGAAAUUGGCACACUCACAUAGUAGCUGUUUGACACAUGCUUUUCUCUAAGAAAAUCAGUUGCAUGUUUACUGUGUGCCUAGCACGUCUAAAAUCUUCUGUUUAAAACACAAAUCGAUCUCAUUAUGAGUGGACUCAGCCUAGCCCUAAGAGAAAAAAAGGCCUAUAGAGGAGACUUCAGAUCUCAUUAAUACUGCCUUACCCAACAGUGUGUUGGAAGCCCCACUCCAGCUCAUUCCAAGAGCUAUAAGGCCCGAGAACACACCAGAAACAGCAGAACAGGUGCCAGAGCAGGAAAAUAAAAAUAAACUAAUUAAAACACUUGUGGGUAUAGUGGUACAAAAAUGCCACAGGGCCAGGUCAUAUCAUGCUGGGCUUGAUAUGACCUUGGGGGGACAGUAGAUUUAUACUUCAUGGGAGUAUCCGUGACCAGUCUUUCUACAGUGACCAGUCUUUCAUACACUACAUGGAUGGGGAGAACCAACAAAUCCACUGUCCUCUGCCUGUUUUCCCUCACACUGUCACAUUCCCUCCUCAGUCAUCUUCCCCUUUCACCCUUUACAUUAAACAAGGGAACACUCAAUCUUUUAAGGGAAUUAUACGUUUGAGUUAAUGUUGCAGUAUAUCAUUUUCAUGCUGUAAAUUAUUUUGUAAGAGAGAUUUACCGCUAUCCCAGGAUGUUUGGACUCGGCGCCCCUGUGCAUUUGGAAAUCAAUAAACUAUUCCUGGAAAUAC